UUUUUUUUGAAAGAAAAAUUCUGCCAAAAUUAGUUUUAUUUUAAACAUCAAGCUUAAUGAAUCCCUAUAUAAAUCAAGGCCAUCAAAAUAAUAUCUAUUUUCAAAAUGCAUAUGGGCAGUUGCAACUUCAACAACAACAACAACAGCAGCAGCAGCAGCAGCAGCCUCAACAGCCUCAACAACCUCAACAACCUCAACAACCUCAACAACAGAAUUUCAUGAAUAAUCUACCUCCUGAAUUACAGACUAUGGUUAAUGGAUUUCCACUUCAGAAAAUAGACGCAGCAACAACAGCAACAACAAUAAAUAAUCCCUUGAUGCAACAGCCUCUUGAUGAUCCUAUAAUGGCAAAUAUGAUUGCUAAAAGGCAAAUGUAUGGUGGUGUUCAACCACAGCCACAGCCACAGCCACAGCUACAACCACAACCACAACCACAACCAACGCAACAGCAGAUACCAUCUAUUGCAGGAUCCCCAGCAGUUUCGUCUAUGGGGCUCCAAAGUCCACAACAACAAAGCCCAAUGAUUUCUAAUAAUCAGCAACAGCUUCAACAGCAACAGCUCCAACAGCAGCAGCUUCAACAGCAGCAGCCUUCCAACUUUGUUAGAACUCAACAAUGGAACAAGCAGCCUUUGAUGCAAGCCAUAAAUAGCCAGCAACAACAACAACAACAACAGCAACAGCAACAGCAACAGCAACAGCAACAGCAAUUUAUGAUGUUACAACAGCAACAACAAUUAUUAAGAAAGCAAAACCCUAUGAUGGCUAAUAAUAUACCUAAUACUACUGUUACUUCUUCUAUUAAUAUGAAUAAUAUUGAAUCUCCAAUGUCAAAUAUAAUGAGUCAACCAGCUACUAUAGAUGUGACAGCUGAAAUGAAAAAGCAAACAAUAAAUGAUUCAGAUAUAACCUCCAAACGAGUUGAAGCUCUUUAAAUCUUGAAUUAAUUCGUUUAUGUAUUGAAAGUCAACGUACUGGAAGCAACUUGGAAUCUAAUAUGACAAUAUACC